AUGGAUAACUUCACGGAGUGGUUGGCCGACCGCGCUCUGAAGUGGCCAGAGGUGGACACAGUUGUCCCAACAACCAGCGUAAUGCCAGCGAUGUCUUCAACAACCAGCAUGCUGCUUAUCAUCGCGAAUGUCAGCAACCAGACCAACAUGAGCGAAGCGGAAGCGGAGGGGGACGGAGACGUGAUGGAGGGCGAAAUCAUGGAAGAGAACGAGACGGAGAACGGCAGCGACUACCUGAACCAGUCCUGGCAGAAUCGAACUCCGAUGAAUCGAAGUCCGAUGAAUCAGACGCGGGAAUCAGCGGAGGCUGAGCAACCAGAGGCAGCCAACACAACAAGCGAGCCAGCUGAUGAGGAUAUGGAGGACUACACGCCUGACCUCAGCGACGAGAACGAUUCAGACUGGGACAACACCAGUAAUUUCACUUCGACUACAAGCUCCACCCAAACCAGCACCUCCACCUCAAGCACCAGCAGUAGCACGAGCACUACCACCAGCACCUCUUCCACUAGCACUUCCAGCAGCACCUCCAGCACAACCACAUCGAGUUCCACUUCCUCCAGCACCACCAGUUCCAGCACUUCCAGCACGAGCUCCUCAACCACCAGCAGCAGCAGCAGCACAAGUAGCAGCAGCACCACCAGCAGCACUAGCUCAACCAGCAGCACCAGCUCCACAAGUAGCACCACCAGGACCACCACAAGCGCCACAAUCGUGGAGAAUGCCACAGAGUGGAACUGGACGGCCAACGAAUCCUGGCCGGACCUCGUGGACAUCUGGGUUGCUGGCGGCGACUUCUUCGUCACCGUGGACAGCGGCUGGGAUCGCAGCUUCGUGACCACGGACCCGGAGUUCCUCUCGAGGCACCUCAUCCUGUGCCCCACGCCCGACGGCUUCUCCUGGAAGCGCAAGGUGGAUGCCACCUUAAAGGUGACCCUCAACGGCCAGGAGUGGUCCAACGGUCUGGACGUGACCUUCCUUCCGGGCCAAGAGGAACCAUGGGUCUCCAGCGCGCACGAGCUGGCGCCGGAGGUGCCGCCGCUUCCGCCGGUGGACUUGUCGCUGGCGCACGAUCCGCCGCUGCGGUUCCGGCUGGCGCAGGUGACGCCGGUGAUGGGGCCCACUGCUGGAGGCACCAACCUCUCCCUGACCAUCACCACCUGGCCGCUGCUGCUGGCGGACUUCCACUUCGACUGCGCGGUGGGCGUGCAGCGGGUCCCAGCCAGGCUCCUGCAGGUGCAAUCAGCCCCGGACUACCGCAGCUACACGCUGGGCUGUACAGUGCCGGCGGCCAUGAACGUGCCAAGGUUCCAGUACAACCACGAGAGCUAG